AUGGCGAUCAAGAAUAUCGCUGCUUCCGGAAAGGUCUCUAGCGACCGCACCAUCACCGACUACGCCACGGAGGUGUGGGGGGUGGAGCCUACGGAUCUGAAGAUCCCACCCCCCAACGAGCCCCGCAAGGCCUUGGAGGAGACCGGCAGGGAGCAGGCGUUUGACCCAUACGAGACCCUGUCUCAAGACAUCCUGUCCAGGCAGUUCCACGAGCACUUCAGCAGCCUGAUGGCCCGGCCUACUGUAGGACUAUACUUCCAGUCCAUAGCAGAAGGCUUCAAGGAGGCAGUUCAGUACGUCCUGCCACAGCUCAUGAUGGUUCCUGUAUACCACUGUUUGCACUACUUUGAACUACUGCAGCAGCUGCAGGAGCACAGUGAGGAGCAGGACGACAGAGAGGGCCUGAAGCAGGCCAUCACCGCUCUGCUCAACCUCCAGUGUAGCGUGGAACGCAUCUACACCAAACACCUGCCCCGACGCAAGCCUGGCGAGCCCAUGUACCGUCUGUACAGUCGUCAGGUGCGCAGCAAGCAGCUGGCCAUCAAGCGGAUGAACGAGAUCCAGAAGAGCAUCGACGGCUGGGAGGGGAAGGACAUCGGCCAGUGCUGUUCCGAGUUCAUCCUGGAGGGGGCGCUCCUCCGCGCCGGCGCCAAACACGAGCGACACAACUUCCUGUUCGACGGCCUCAUGAUCAGCUGCAAGGCCAAUCAGAGCUCCCGACUCCCCGGUUCCGGAAGCGGGGCCGAGUUCCGUCUCAAGGAGAAGUUCGUCCUGCGGAAAGUUCGCAUCGUGGACCGCGAGGACUCGGCGGAGUUCAAACACGCCUUUGAACUCGUCGGUAAAGACGAGAACUGUGUGGUGUUCUGCGCCCGCUCGGCGGAGGAGAAAGGGUCUUGGAUGGCGGCGCUGGUCACCCUGCAGUACCGCUCCACGCUUGACCGUAUGUUGGACACGGUUCUGCAGCACGAGGAGCAGGCCCAGCCCCUCCGCCUGCCCUCCCCCGAGCUUUACCGUUUCGCUGUGCACGACUCAGAGGAGAACAUCGUGUUUGAAGAUCGCGUCCAGAGCAAGACGGGGAUACCCAUUAUUAAAGCAGGCACGGUGGUCAAGCUUAUAGAGAGGCUCACCUACCACAUGUAUGCUGAUCCCAACUUUGUGCGCACUUUUCUGACCACCUACCGGUCCUUCUGCAAGCCCCACGAGCUCCUCGGCCUCCUGAUAGACAGGAUUGAGAUCCCAGAGCCGGAGCCCACCGAGGCAGACAAGCAGGCGCUAUGGAACGGAGAUCAGCCAAUGGCUGCAGAGCUACAGAGGUUCCGGAGGGAGUACGUCCAACCCGUCCAACUCCGGGUCCUGAAUGUUUUCCGUCAGUGGGUGGAACAUCAUUUCUAUGACUUUGAGAACGACCCUGAGCUACGAGGCAGACUGGAGGAGUACAUCAGCAGCAUUAUACAGCUACGAGGCAAGUCUAUGAGGAAGUGGGUGGAGUCUAUCAACAAGAUCAUCAAGAGGAAGAUGCAGACUCAGUCCAACGGGGUCAGCCACAACAUCACCUUCGAGAGCCCGCCCCCGCCCAUCGAGUGGCACAUCAGCCGCCUGGGUCAGACGGACACCUUUGACCUCAUGACCCUUCACCCCAUAGAGAUCGCCCGUCAGCUCACCCUGUUGGAGUCAGAGCUAUACAGGGCUGUGAGGCCAUCUGAGCUGGUGGGGAGUGUCUGGACCAAAGAGGACAAGGAGAAUAACUCUCCCAACCUACUGAGAAUGAUCCGCCACACCACCAACCUCACACUGUGGUUUGAGAAGUGUAUUGUGGAAGCCGAGAACCUGGAUGAGAGGGUAGCAGUGUUCACCCGGGUCAUUGAGAUCCUCCAGGUGUUUCAGGAGCUCAACAAUUUCAACGGUGUUCUGGAGGUGGUCUCCGCCAUCAACUCUGUCCCUGUCUACCGGCUCGAUCACACCUUUGAGGCGGUCCCCGAGAGGAAGAAGAGGAUCCUGGAGGAAGCAGUGGAACUGAGCCAGGACCAUUUCAAGAAGUACCUGGCCAAGCUCAAGUCCAUUAACCCGCCCUGCGUGCCUUUCUUUGGUAUCUACCUGACCAACAUUCUGAAGACAGAGGAGGGGAACCCCGACUUCCUGAAGAGACACGGCAAAGAGCUGAUCAACUUCAGUAAGAGGAGGAAAGUAGCAGAAAUCACAGGAGAGAUACAGCAGUACCAGAACCAGCCUUACUGUCUCAAGGUCCAGCAGGACAUCAAGGUAGGCCAAUCAAACCAGCCUUACUGUCUCAAGGUGCAGCAGGACAUCAAGAGGUUUUUUGAGAACCUGAACCCGAUGGGCAGUCUGGGUGAGAAGGAGUUCUCUGACUAUCUGUUCAACAAGUCUCAGGAGAUUGAGCCUCGCAACUGCAAGCAGCCGCCACGAUUCCCCAGGAAGACCCUGUACCCCCUGAAGUCCCCAGGGAUCCGGCCGGUGCGCACCUCUACGUCAGGGACCCUGAAGGGCCACCCCGUACCCUUGGAGAGAGAGCCCCCCCACAAGAUCACCUUCAGGAGCAUCGCUGAGACGGAGCAUGAGACCUCUUCCGUAGCCUCGGUCCCCACCUCACCCAACACCCCCACCCCUCCGCAGUCUGCCACCUCAGACCUCAUCUCUGUCUUCAUGGAGCAAGACCUCUGCACCUUCUACGGUGGAAACUCCAUAUUCGCUAAUGUACUCCUCCCACCCUCAAAGGUCCAGUCAGUAUCGUGUGGAAGCCUUCACCAGCUAGGAGAGGACUUACUCAAACCUCCUCCACUUCCCCCUCGCAGGAAGGAUGCUUUCUCUGAGACCAAGAACGUGGAACUCGGAGGCAACGACGUGCGUCAUUCUUACCGAAUUCCGAUGAGCAAUCUCCCUUAA